CGAGGCCCAGGCCCAGGGCCACAGCGGCUCUGAUCAGCAUUUGUGACCAAUCUGGGGCAACAAGCUCGGUCAAAGAAGGUGCGCAUUAGCGACAAGGUGUGAAGAAGAAAGAUGGAUGCGCUCAUAAAGAAGCUUGAUACAUUGUGCGUGGAAGUAAUGCCUUGCAAAAGUCGCUCUUGGCUGUUCGAUCCUCGUAGUUUCAGCGCUUAGAAACGGAAUAAGGUUAUCCGGCCGGACGCAAUAUUUGCACCUGGGAUCCUCCACAACGUCUGGGGUGGUUUUGUGUGUAAGGUUUGUGGCAGCUACACUCCGUUGGAAUUGUUAUACUUAGCUCAAGUUAUAGCAAGAAUAAGAACGAAGCUAAGAACAAUAAGAUAACAUUGACUUGCGCCUUACCGCAAGGAUCUGCAAUGCUCUGUUUCGCAUUGCUCCAUGGCAGCCGUUUGACGAGGUCAGCAACAAAGUAACAAGGAUAGCGGCAGUCUGAGAAGCUUAGCGACAGUCUAGAUGACGUCAGCAGCGCUCUCCCCCUCCGCCCCUCCCACUCCCACCCAGCCUACCGGCCCCCACCCGAGUGGAGCCACCGCCGUUGGACGCAUCCGCUUGUUUGUGGGGGGCCUCCCUGCUGACGUCACACCCGAGGAACUGCAGGCGCGGUUUCAGCCAUUCGGGAAAGUGGUUGGGUCGGAGAUUGUGCCCCAGAAGGAGGAUGCGGGGACCUGCCGCGGGUUUGGUUACGUUGACCUGGAGCCGGUCAGCGAGGCCAGCCUGAGCAAGUGCUUUGCAGUGUACAAUGGCACCAAGUGGCGCGGCGGUAGGCUCCGUGUGGAAAAGGCCCGCGCCUCGUUCCUCGAUCGCCUGAAGGCCGAGUGGGCCUCCCAAAACGAACCGCAGAGCGAAGCUGAUAAGCUGGGGUCAGAGAUUGAUAAGGGGGGGGCAGAGAUUGACAAGCAGGGGGCGGAGCCAACAAAAGCGGAGCUGUUGGAUCCUAAGGGGAAGCCCAUAUUUGAGCCGUUGAGGCUCAAGUGGGGAUCCUGGGAGUUCGAAAAGAGGACGAAGGUGAUGCCCGCGGCCGGGGGCGCCAAGAUCAAGAAAAGCUUCCGGAACGUGCCUGAGAAGUCGCUGUGGGAACUGGAGGGCAUGGGAGGGACAGGGGCCCUGUCUGCAGCAAUGCCGCCUGCAACUAAGGCCGUCACCUCGACAAGAGCCAUCGAAACGAGGCCUCUCGGUGGAAAUGGGGUUAGCCAAACCGGAGAGCGGUCAGAGGAUGGGAAAGAGAAAGCACACCAGCCCUCGGCAGAGGACGAGUCUCCAGAUGCAGAAGAGAGGAGCGAAGAUUCGGAGGGGCGCAGUGAAGAUGAGGGGACGGAAGGCUCGGGGCGUGAGGCGGAGGGGGCAGAACCUGGCGACGGGGUUAAGGGCAGGGUUAGGGAGCUAACCGCGUGGGAGAAGCUGAUGCAGAAGGCGGCGGCGGGCCAGGAGGACGACGACUUCAUUGACGAGGAGGUGGGAGGCUUAGAGGGUUUUGAGGCCCUGGGAAAAACGCCAGGGAAUCCAGGAACGGCUAGAGGGACCAAGGACGCAGGCGGCUUAGAGGGUUUUGGGCCCCAGGGUAAGUCGCCUGGGCAGCCGGGAACGGCUAGCGGGACUAAGGAGGCAGGCGGCUUAAAUGAUUUUGGGGCACGGGGAAAGGCGCCUGGGGACUCGGUAACGGUUAGAGGGACUGAUGGGCGGAAGGAAAGCCGGCUUGUUGGGGGGAAGUUGGAAAAAGUGGAACUGCGUGGAGGCAAAAAGGAUGGUUUCAAGCAGGGGGCCAACGGGUCGGCUCCAGCAGAAUCGCAAGCUGCGAAAAAGACCGAAGUGGCGGCGUUGAGUGAUUGGGAGCGGCUGAUGCAGAAGGCAGCGGGGGCUUUGGACGAAGAGGAGAGUUUGGACGGUCCGGAAACGGGCGAGUUUGAGCAAGCGUCCGGAGAAGGCGAGUCGGACGCAAACGAAGGGUCGGAGGGGUUCGAUUUGUACGAGAGUAAGCAGGGGCAGGAGGUUGCGAAAGGAGAGGCGGCCGGCGGGGGUGUGAAUGGGGCUCGGAAAGCAGGGGUAAACGAAGAAAGUACAAGGGCUGAGGAACUAGGAGCGGGGGUUCUGGGUGAAGGUCUGAAUGAUGUCGCAGCAGCAGGUGACGACGAACUAGAGGGUGGCCCGCUGGAGGAACGCUCGGAGUGGAGGGAAUGGGGGGAGGAGGUGGAUUCGGAAGGUGACGUCAUGGAAGAAGCUGAGGACGUCAUUGACGGUGCUGACGGGGUUGAGGGUGAGUCAGAGGACGAUUUCGGCGGCGAAGAGGUGGGGGAUGGAGCAGAGGAGACUGGCGGGGAAGAUUCGGGAGGGGCGAUUGAUGGUGAGGGUUUGGAAGAUGGUAACGAGAGUGACGGGGAUUCGUUUGGAAGCGAAGAAGAGCUGUCGGGGUCCUUUACGGACGUGGAAAAGGAGGUAUCGGAAGGGGAAGGGCGGGAGUGGCAAGGAGAGGUUUCGGAAGAAGAGGGACGGAAUUCCGGCGACGGAGCAGGGGAGUCCGACGGACGGGAUUCCGGUGGGGCAGAUGCGGCAUUCGACGAUGAGGGAAGGGCUUUGGACUCGGAGGAAGAUGGCCGGAUGAGUAAAGAAGAGUCGGAUGACGACGGGAAGGAAUUUGACAAGGCGAGAGGGGGUUUGGACGACGAUACUGGUCGAGAGAAACUUCUUCUGAAAAGCGCUCUUAAGUUGCAACGGCCCGUAAGAGUUUCGGACGACGCCGAUGCGGACUUCGAAACAGCGCCGGCGGAGGAUCUGGAGGAGGAAGCGGCCACGGCUGGGGUUCCGCCGGAAUCUGCUGGAGCGGACGGAACGGCGGCGGAACGGACGGCGGACGAAGAGGAGAUUGCGCGGCAGCUGGCGGAGGAGCGGCGGAAGCAGCUGGGCAUCUUGGGCGCCAUGUUUCCGGACGACGCGCGCUUCUUCAGCGAGGAGGCAGUUCAGAAGGCCAAGCGGCCGUCGGGCUUCGUUCCGAUUGCGCGCUUCGACCCGUCCGCGGCUGCGAAGCGAAGCCCGGAAAACAACGAGGAUGCGAGCGGAGCAAACGAGGGUCGCACUGAAGCGGCGCCAAUGGAAAGCGAGGAACGGGUUAGGAACGGGUUGACAGGAAGCGGAAGAAAGACCGUAACUAGAGCGACGACGGCUGCAAGUAACCCGGAGGAGAUUGGAAAGGAGGCGCGAGAAACGGGGAAAGAGAAGUCGGAGAAAAAGCGGGCCGUGCUUAAGGAGGAAAAGAGACCUCGGAGGGGCGUUUCGGAGGGUGAAGCUGCUGUUACGGAACAGAAAGGGGGGGCAGCGAAAGAGGUGGGAAACCGGAAAAGUGGGCUAGUACAGGAAGGGGGACUAAGAGCCCACAGUGGCGCUGCAAAGGGGAGCGGUAAUGGUGCUCGCAGCGGGCUGCAAAUGGUUGGCGAGGUCCUGAGUCGGUUAAGUCCGCAGGUUCUGAAGUACCUGGACUCGGACCUGCUGCAACGGCUGACGCCAGGGUCGAAAGGAACGGAAACGGAAAAGAAAAGGAGAAGGGGGGAAGGAGAGAAAGAAGGAAAGAGGAAGAGAGGAGAGGCGGAAGAAGGGGGUAAAAGGGAGGGCGGAGAAGCAAAGCGGAAAGAAAGAGGAGGGAUGAGGAGCGCCGGAGAAGCGGAGGAGCGGCUGGAAGCGAGUGGGAAGAAAGAGAAGCGCGGGCAGCGUCCGGAACCUAGAGAGGGGGGGUUGGAGGUGGGGCUCUCGGGCGCGACAACCGGGAAAGGAGUGCCCCGUGAGGAGUCGAGACGGGGUCCUAGCAAAAGGAAGGACCGAGAAGCGGCAGAGGAGGUUUACGAAGACGGCCACAUAAGAAACGAGCAGAAACCGGGGGGAGAUGUUAGAGUUGGGUUAAAAGCUACCGGGCAGAACGUGACAGGCCGUUCGGAUGAAGCGGCAACAGGGGGCAGUCCGGAAGAAACGGCUGCGGGUUUGUCUGUAGAAGAACGGAAGCGCCUGAAACGGGAGAAACGCGCUCAACGGCGGGGGAGUGACGUAGCGGGUGUGGCGGACGCCAGUACGGACCGUUUGGACGCGGGUACGGACCGCUCGGACGGACCUGCAGCAGUGCCGGUUAAGCAAGAGGUUUUUGUUAACCCGAACUGGCGGGCGCUGGUUGGGUACGUGGGCGGCGGCAAACCCACGUUCUCUUUGGCGUCGGUUCUCGGGGGCGCUUCGGACGCCGGCGAUCCUGGACCGUCCGAUGGCCCCAAAUCGUCCGGUGAUGGUCGCAGCGGUGCCUUGAACAUGGCUUCCGGUGUGAACACGUCCGCUGUCGUUCAAAAUGUCGGAUCGAAUGCGGAAUUCGGUGCAGAUGCGGCCCCCGGGCGGUCCCCGCUUCCCGACGCUUCGAACGCCAGCGGUGUGGGCGCCGGCAAUCCGCCUGCCGGGGCGGCACGUCACGAUGACGUUAGCACUGGGCCAGACCCUGCAGCCCCGCGCUCAGUUGCAGUAAGCGGGCCUGGGGACGAGGAUCUAGGGCUGAGCUUCGUUCGUUCGGCGACGGCGGAACAGGAAUGGCUGGCGAGCAAGUCGGCGCUUGCGAUCGACUACAAGAGGAAGAAGCGGAUUGCUGCGAGAGUAGCCCCGGGAGGGGGCAAGAAGAGGGGCUGAUAAGACGAAGGCUGUGUGCCAAGAGGCCAAUCUGCGUGCCUUGUUCUCCUCCGGGGUAAGAUAAGGUCGAGCCGACCAAGCAGAAAAGACUGAGUCGUGCAGUGUGCAUCGAUUUAAAAAGUGCCGCAGAUGUAAAAGGCUUUGCUUUAAACAAACGAACCCGUGUAUGUCAAAGGCGGAGUGCAAAUGGCGUUGUAAAGGCGUGAACCAGCGUCC